UCGCCACCGGCGUCAGGUAACAGUGUGUUGGUAUCUACCCCUGGGAGGGUUAUUCCAAGACGAUUAGGGGGGCAGCAUUUGAGAUUAGAUUCAGGAUGUCAGGAAGGCAUUAUCAUUGUCUGAGAGAGGAAGACUUUACUCCCAGUGGAGUAUCCUGAGGUGAGUCAGAUAGGAGCUGGUGCUCUGCCAACAGUGAUGAAGAGACUUCGGUCCUGGGGGGACAUGGAUCCCCUGGGAAGCAAUACAGAGGACAACACAGACAACAGUGAGCACGAAGACGUCUCGUCUUUGAAAUCCUCCUGGUCCCUGGCGGACACUAUGAACUACGUGGGCCAGCUGGCAGGUCAGGUGCUGGUAACCGUCAAAGAACUGUACAAGGGCAUCAACCAGGCCACGCUAUCGGGCUGCAUCGAUGUGGUGGUGGUCCGGCAGAGAGAUGGCACCUACCAGUGCUCGCCGUUCCAUGUGCGCUUUGGCAAGCUGGGUGUGCUGCGCUCUAAAGAGAAAGUGAUUGACAUUGAAGUGAAUGGAGAGCCUGUGGACCUGCACAUGAAGCUUGGUGACAGCGGGGAGGCCUUUUUUGUCCAGGAGACAGAACAGCAGAAUCAGAUUGUUCCAGCCCACCUGGCCACAUCUCCCAUUCCCACUGAAGGUCACCUGUUUUGGAUCUCAGAAGUGGAGCACAGGGCACCACAGGACCUGGAGGAUGACCCCGCUGAUCCAGAGGACCCACCUGAACCUCCUGCCCCCAGCACUAUUGCCACAAAGAAGAAGAAGAGACGGAGGAAGAAGCACAAAGGAGACCCUCGCAGAGAGGAGUUGACCCCACCUAUGGCCCCCACUACUGGAAAUGCUAAUGCUGCUAAUGCACCCGCUGCUACGACUGCUGCUAUGUCUGGCGCUGGGCAGAGUGAAGAGAUCUUCGAGAUGGAGAUGAGUUCUGAUGAGGAGGGCACAGCACAUGCCUCACGGUCACCAUCAAUGACCAUGAUGCGAGACAUCAACCCCAAAUUACCUGCAAGUAGACACAACCUAGAUAGUUACCCGUUUUCUGAUAGUGACUGGACAGCAGCUGACAGUCAUGGCUUGUCUCAAGCCUUUUCCCCUAAAAGUGACUCUGAGUUGGUGGUGAAGCCUUCAGAGAGCAUGCUCAGAGCUGAGUCCCACAUACAGUGGACCUGGGGGGAGUUUCCUGAAUCAACCAGGGUCACCAAGAGGGAGAAACCAGAGCUGCUGAAAACAGUGACCAUCACCCCAUCAGAGAGCACCCAUUUCCGUGUCAUUCUCAGUUCAGAGGCCAUGGAGAACGAGACUGAGGCUGUGGUUGCCAAGCAAGAUGGCACCCAAAUGUGUACAAUUGUCAAGCCUGAGCCACGCACCCCUGUCACCGCUGUCACACCUGUGAAUCCUCUAACAUCUGUCAGCACCAUAGCCUCAGCAAGUCCUGUAACCCCGUCAGGGCCACUGGAUGUGCUGCCAUCCAAUAUGGCAACCUCCACCCCUUCCAACAGCCUUGCUGCUGCCACUGCUGCUGCUCAGCUGGCUGGGGACCUCGUGGAUGUCUGCUCCAAGAGCGAAUCGCCCUCGAAGAAAAAAGGCGUCCCUAAGAGGAGCCAACACCAGGGUCCUGAGGAUAUCUACCUGGAUGACCUGAAUGUACUUGAACCUGAUGUUGCUGCACGUUACUUUCCUAAGAGUGAGUCGGAGGCGGCCACUAAGCAUUGGAUGGACUCAGAGAUGCGCUCUGGAUCACAGUCUCCUCAGUCGGUGGGCAGCGCAGCAGCUGACAGUGGCACAGAGUGCCUGUCUGACUCAGCCAGUGAUCUCCCUGACGUCACCCUCUCUCUGUGUGGAGGCCUCACAGAGAAUGCUGAAAUAUCCAAAGAAAGGUUCAUGGAGCAUAUAAUCACCUAUCAUGAAUUUGCUGAAAAUCCAGCAAUUAUAGAUAACCCCAACCUAGUAGUAAAGAUAGCAAAUAGAUAUUAUAACUGGACACUAGCUGCACCCUUGAUUCUGAGUCUGCAAGCAUUUCAGAAGAAUUUACCAAAGGCUACAGAAGAGGCCUGGGUGAAGGAGAAAAUGCCAAAGAAGCCAGGCCGCUGGUGGUUUUGGCGAAAGAGGGCGGAUAGUACAAUCAAGCAGUCUGAAACGAAGCUGGAAACCAAGGAGGAGUCUCAUCUGGAGGAGGGAGGACCUUCCAUAUCUCAGGAGAAGUUGGCCUUACCGCCUAAAGCAGGGGAUUCAUCCAGUGAUGAAGAGGCCAAGGAGGUGAGUGCAGCGUCCUGCCAGGAGAGGCUGCAGUCAGUGGAAGGUCAGCCCCACCCCAGCCACACCUACAGGAAGUCACUACGGCUCUCCUCGGAUCAGAUAGCCAGUCUUAAACUGAAAGAGGGACCUAAUGAUGUGACGUUCAGCAUCACCACCCAAUACCAGGGCACAUGCCGCUGUGAGGGCACCAUCUACCUGUGGAACUGGGACGACAAAGUCAUCAUCUCUGAUAUUGACGGCACCAUCACAAAGUCAGAUGUGUUUGGACAGAUCCUGCCACAGUUGGGGAAAGACUGGACGCACCAGGGCAUUGCCAAGCUCUACCACUCAGUAGCUGAGAAUGGCUACAAGUUCUUAUACUGCUCAGCACGGGCAAUCGGCAUGGCAGACAUGACAAGAGGCUACCUGCAGUGGGUCAACGAUGGGGGCACUAUCCUGCCCAGGGGACCUCUCAUGCUGUCACCCAGUAGCCUCUUCUCUGCCUUCCACAGGGAGGUCAUUGAGAAGAAACCAGAGGUCUUCAAGAUUGAAUGCCUUACAGACAUCAAGAACCUGUUCCAGCAUAACAAGCAGCCGUUCUAUGCAGCCUUUGGGAAUAGAACUAAUGAUGUGUUUGCCUAUAAGGAAGUGGGGGUCCCGGUAUGCAGGAUCUUCACAGUCAACCCCAAGGGAGAGCUGAUCCAAGAGCAGACAAAGGGCAACAAGUCCUCUUACGGCCGACUGAGCGAGCUGGUGGAGCAUGUUUUCCCUCUGUUGAGUAAAGAGCAGAAUGAGGCCUUUGCAAUGCCAGAGUACAGCUCCUUCUGUUACUGGAGGCAGCCCAUACCUGACAUCGACCCCGAUGAGCUCCUCUGAUCCUACACAUGCACCUAGGCAUAAAAUACAACAUGCCACAGGACCAUGCACUUGAACACAACAGCGAACAUUUGGACUAGAACUCUGCUCUCCCCACCUAUUGCCUAAACAUACACACAUUCACAUAUACACACACACCACUAUAGGAGAACGUGACACUGGGAACUCGCUUGCUGUCAUAGCGGCGAUAGAGAUGUAAUGAUAAACACACACAAAAUACAAGGAAACUAAAAUCUCCCAUUGGAAAUGAGAAAAAUGUCUCUAAAACAGUAAAUCCUGGAGGUUGGAAAACCACGUCCCUGAGAGAAGAGAGACUAAAUCACCAUCUCUGCUGUUUGUGCUGUUUACAGAAGGCAUCCUGCCCAGCCCCCAGCCAGCACCAACUAGUCCAGUUGAUCAUUACCAACACAGGGAUGAAGCUUUUUUCUUCUGUUUUGUUUGGUCUUUUUCUCAGUUGAGCAGGCAGCAUGUCUAAUUUCUUGCCAGCCCUAUGCUCUGUAUCCACCAUCAGAGAAGAGACUGAAGCCCGAUUUAUGAGACACUACCACUCAGCACUAGAGUUUAGGGUGUCUGCCACAACGCACUAGCCCAAGGCAGAAGAAGCAGCAUCUUAUUUGGAGCCGCACUUAACGUUCUCACAAUUUACAAACACCGUAAACACAUAAACGAAACUGUCAAAGUGAAGGACACUGUGUUUGAUUAAAGCCAAGGAAGGAAGUUAACAUUGAGCAAUAGCCAAAUGCUGGAUAUUUGUUCUUUUUUUUUUUUUUUUUUAUUGUGGCUCUUAUGAUUUACUAGACAACCAGCCAUUUUGGCAGAUAACCAGUCGUCAUUUUGAGGCUUUAUUCUGUUCUAAAAAUGUAACUGUCUGGCAAAACAGUGACAGUGGCUGGCAGAUCUCAAAAUUUCCCAGCUAUGAAGCGCAGGCAGAAAAAAGUGAGUUUCCUGCCUUGAGUCCCACUGGCCCAAAGACCUAGGAAGGCCUAAUCUACUGUUGGAGAGUUGUAUUCAUUGUCCUAUGUUCAGGACUGACUGUGGUCAUGAGUUAGCUGCUAUGAUGAGAGAAAAGGGGACAUGAGCAUGUCUCUGAUGGCCACUUAUUAAGUUAGAUAUGAAUGAGUCAUAUUUGUAUGGUUAAUAUUCAAGGUUAUAGCUGAGACAAUGUUCAGCUCAGUAUGUAUGUAAGGGUGCACAGUUAAGUUGGUGAUUUUAAAAGCAAAAUGAAGCAGCUACAUGGUAUUUUGUGCUUGCUAUUUUAUAUAUAAGCUUAUUCUGUUCUACAAGCUCUGGCAAAUCAAGUGUGUUUUUGUUAGCAAUGCAGAUAUUAUUUAUAAUUGAUAUUACUGGUCUAACUUAUUGAUUUAUCUUGUGCUGCUUGUCUUAAAAGUAAUUUAACAACAGUGCAGUGCGGCAACGUUUCAUAUAGGUAUUUUGUAUUGUUGGUUGCCGUUAGAGUAACUGCUAGGCCUCCAAGAUAGCUUGAUACAUCCAUCCAACACUAAGCCUUGUACAAUCUCUUUUUUUAAUACUUAAUUCAUUUUCCCAUUUUACAUCUCUCUGUAAUCCUUGUUUUGCAACAAAAUCUUCAUCAACCCGUAAGGUACAUAGACAUUCCUUAGCAAACCCCCUGAACUUGCAGCUUUUAAGCAUGGCAGCAUGUGGAAAUGUAAACGAGACUGCAUGCGUGUGAACAGUGGAAACAAGCAGACCAGUUAAGAGCUUAAAAAGAAGGAUUUUCCUCUUGAGAAUGCCUAGGAGACGAUGUGUGUUUUUGUGUGUACGUAAUCGUUAACACUGAGUGCUGCUCUCGGGGUGACAGGGUCAUGCACACUUUAACUUACGUCUAAGUUCCCCCAGCUGCUUUGCCAAGCCUUAUCCAACCGCACUUUGUCUCAGCUGCACCCCAGAGACGCAAGAUCUCUUUCCUCUGCACACCUCUCCCCCACAUGCACUUCACUAUAGGCCUCUUCGGAGGCAGUAGACCACAGAGGUAUGCAAUUAAUGCAAGAUGAAGAGUUCUCGUUUUACCUCUUUGGCGGGUGUAAACUUAUAAUACCAUAGACAGAUCUGUUAUUCUGAAAUGUAUUGAUGGAAGGAGGGGCUGGAAAUUCUUAGAUUGGAAGGCAGAGGUUAGGGUCUUUAGGAUAGGAUCUGGACAUGCAUGAGGGUAGAGUUAAGACCUGUGAGCACAAGAUGCCCCUUCUGCGUGUGUCUGUUAAUAAGAGAGAGAGAGAGAGCAAGAGCGAGAGAGAUCCCAUGCCUGAUGAGGAGUGGGUGUUGUUAGAAAAUACGCAAACAGGAAAUGCACUUUGAGGUGCUUCACUGGUGUCUGUUCAUCAGUUUGUUUUAGGAGAGAUGGGCAGAUGUGCCACUCCAUAAUAUUUGCCACACCUGUAGCACAAGUUUAAUAGUCACAUGUUAGUUAGGAGUGUGUAUAUUAACCAGGAAUGAGCAGAAAAGUGAGACUUGACAGAAUCAUUUAAUGAAAAGCACAACAAUUUAUGAUGACAGCUACUUAUUCAUCUGAAUUGUAAUCAGUAGUCAUUAUUUCACUGAAAAGUGUUUUGGACACAUGGGCAUUUGUUCUGUAGUUAGGCAGACUUUUUUUUGUUCUUGUGUGUGUGCGUGUGUGUGUAAUUAAGACGUGUUUUGCUUGAUACUUUUGUCUGCUCCAUGAAGUUUGGUGAAGUCAAAUAUAAUUAAUUAACAAAGGAAUUCCAUUCUUUCUAUGAAAGUAAUGCAUCUUGUGUGGAAAGAUCACACUUCAUCCUCUAUGAUCUCGGGAUAUGUGUUAUAAUAGAUAUUGUUUGUUCUUACUCAACUGCUAUGGAAAUUGCCAUACGCCGAUCGUCACAUUUUUCUGUCUUUGAUGCCUUUUGUUAUUUUGUUUUAUUACUUAUAUUUCUUAUACAGUGUGUAAUCUUUUGUGGAAAUAUAUGUGUUUGAUUGUGUUUGGAGGUAAAGCUUGCCAUUUGAUUACGUCUGACCAACAUAAAUACCUUAAGUGUAAAAUGCUGUAUUGAUUUGUAUAGAAAUGUGGUUUAAAAUAUGUUUAAAGAACAAAAAAUCCAUUGGAAGAGAACAUACAGGCCUAGUUAUGCUAACCAAGUGUGGCUUGUAGUCAUGUUUGUGUUUAAUAAAGUUUCUAACUGAAUGCAUUUGUCUGUAGCAUGCUUGUUUACUGUCAGGGUCUCAGUCAAAAAGUUCAGCAGUAACCACAGGCUAGAAGAGUGACUUUUACCCUGUUGUUUCUUGUUUAGCGCCGUUUUGUUAUAUGACGGAGGUUAGUGCAGUUCAUGUCCGUAAAGUCACUCCUCAAGUCAUUUGUUGCUUGUUUUAUAGAACAAAAAACAUUAAAAGAUUAUUGCAAGUAAUUAACUUG